UACAGGUUUGAGCUACCUGGAAGAUGAAGCCCUGGCUGCAGUUGGUGUUCUUUGCCUGUACUUUCUUGAUCUGGCGCACAGAAGCAGAGUUCUUCACCUCCAUAGGUCAAAUGACAGACCUGAUUUAUGCAGAGAAAGACUUGGUACGGUCUUUAAAGGAAUAUAUCCGAGCAGAAGAGAACAAGCUCGCUCAGAUUAAAAGCUGGGCUGAAAAAAUGGAUAUACUGACUAGCAAAUCAACCUCUGAUCCAGAAGGCUAUCUGGCACAUCCUGUGAAUGCAUAUAAGCUGGUGAAGCGUUUAAAUACUGACUGGCUGGAAUUGGAAAACCUGGUUCUUCAGGAUACAACAAAUGGCUUUAUUGCAAAUCUUACAAUUCAGCGUCAGUUUUUUCCAACUGAAGAAGAUGAGACUGGAGCUGCGAAGGCUCUGAUGCGCCUGCAGGACACAUACAAACUGGAUCCGGAAACUCUCUCUCGAGGAAACUUACCAGGAACAAAAUAUAGAUCCUCUUUGACAGUAGGUGACUGCUUUGGUAUGGGGAAGACUGCUUACAAUGAUGGAGACUACUAUCACACAGUACUCUGGAUGGAACAAGCCUUAAAACAGCACGAUGAGGGGGAGGAUACAACAGUCAGCAAAGUCGAGAUCCUAGAUUAUCUCAGCUAUGCUGUCUUCCAGUUUGGGGAUUUACACCGAGCCAUGGAGCUUACCAGACGUCUCAUAUCCCUUGACAGUACUCACGAGAGAGCAGGCAGUAACCUGCGGUACUUUGAGAAGUUGCUGGAGAAAGAGAGAGAGGAGAAGGAGAAAGAGAAGUCAAUAAACAAGACCAUGACAACGACAGAACCAGUGGUGCAAAGUGGUGCCUAUGAGAGGCCUCUCGACUACUUGCCAGAGCGUGAUAUCUAUGAGGCCCUUUGCAGAGGUGAAGGGGUAAAACUGACACCUCGAAGACAGAAAAGACUGUUUUGUAGAUACCACGAUGGAAACAGAAACCCUCAUCUCCUCAUAGCUCCCUUUAAGGAAGAAGAUGAGUGGGAUAGCCCUCAUAUUGUACGAUACUAUGAUGUCAUGUCUGAUGAAGAAAUUGAGAAAAUUAAACAGCUAGCUAAGCCAAGGCUGGCACGAGCCACAGUACGCGAUCCCAAAACCGGUGUCCUUACAGUGGCUAGCUACAGGGUGUCAAAAAGCUCAUGGUUGGAGGAAGAUGAUGAUCCUGUUGUGGCCAAGGUGAAUCAGCGAAUGCAACAGAUCACAGGUUUAACAGUGAAAACAGCUGAACUACUGCAGGUUGCCAACUAUGGAAUGGGAGGGCAGUAUGAGCCACACUUCGACUUUUCUAGGCGACCCUUUGACAGCACACUCAAAUCGGAAGGAAAUAGGCUAGCGACGUUUCUUAACUAUAUGAGUGAUGUAGAAGCCGGAGGAGCUACAGUUUUCCCAGAUUUUGGGGCAGCAAUAUGGCCCAAGAAGGGAACAGCAGUGUUCUGGUAUAAUCUCUUCAGAAGUGGCGAGGGUGACUAUAGAACAAGGCAUGCAGCUUGCCCAGUACUAGUAGGGUGUAAAUGGGUUUCAAACAAAUGGUUUCACGAAAGAGGAAACGAAUUCUUAAGACCUUGUGGGAGAACAGAGGUUGACUGAAACCCAGCCUGCUGCAGGCCUCUGUUUUCCUGUCUCCUUUUCUACUGUUUGUUCUUCCAGUUCAUUUCUAAGAAAUGAUCCAUCUUUUUUUUAUCUCCAAGAGUCCUGGCACUUUACCCAAAAAAGGACAACAAAAUCUGUAACACCUGUGAAAGAAAGUAAAUGCUUUGUACACAUACAUGUGUUUUGGUUGCUGUUAUUUCCAUGUUCCCCCCGCCCCUGCCAUGCUCCUUUGACCUGCCUUCUGCCCUCCCGACUUUCUCUGUACUGGUGGUGCAAACAGUGCUGUGGGCGAUUCAGUGUGUUUAGGUGCCUGGUCUUGUGUCUUUUGUACCUCAGAAGAUUUAGAUGUUAAAUAUUUCUUCGAACCAAAGUUGUUUUUUUAAAGUUUUGUGUACAUGUUGAUUUUAUUGUAUUUCUAUGGAUCACAAGUUUUGAAACAGAAAUAAAUGUUCUUUC